GCCUGAAAAGGCUGGCGAGUGCAGUGAGCGCGAAUACAUUGUUUCUGGGACCCACAGUCGCUAUGUCUUUCAAGAGGGAAGGAGACGAUUGGAGUCAACUCAAUGUGCUCAAAAAACGAAGAGUCGGGGACUUGCUGGCCAGUUUCAUACCGGAGGAUGAGGCGCUGAUGCUACGGGACGGACGCUUUGCUUGUGCUAUCUGCCCUCACCGGCCUGUGCUGGACACCCUGGCCAUGCUGACUGCCCACCGUGCAGGGAAGAAACAUCUGUCCAGCUUGCAGCGUUUCUUUGGCAAGAAACAACCAGGAAAGGGGACGGAACAGCGUCCACGACAGCAGCGUGAAUUGAGGGAAGAUACCAAAGCUGAGGCUCCUCUGCUGGCCCAGACGCGAUUUAUCACCCAGAGUGCUCUGCACAGAGCUCCCCACUAUAACAGUUGCUGCCGGCGGAAGUACAGAUCUGAAGCCGCUGGCCCCUCAGUCUCCACAACCCCUUUGCCGCCCCCAGAGGUUGGACUCAAAAAGGAGAUCAGCAGGGGAUCUGAGCCUGAGGCUGGUCCACAGGCCAAGAAGUCAGCAACCGCCCCUGCCCCCGCCCCCAUGAGCCCCACACGCCGAAGGGCCCUGGAUCAUUACCUCACCCUUCGAAGCUCUGGAUGGCUCCCAGAUGGACCAGGCCGAUGGGUGAAAGAUGAGAAUGUUGAGUUUGACUCUGAUGAGGAGGAACCCCCUGACCUCCCCUUGGACUGAUGCCCUCCCUCCCCUUCAGUUCCCCCAAUAAACUACCACAGGCACUGGGA